GAUUGUUUCCAAAUCUCUUGUUAAAAGUAAUCAUGUAGAUUUUAAAGUGUGGAAUAUAAAUAAAUAAAAAGGUUUUUGUACAGAUAGUUCGGCAGAUUUCCAAUUUUUGUCGGUCUUGUGCAUCAAUUUAUUCACAGAAAAUAAAUUUGUGUAUAACUAAUCACCGAUUUCCGUUUUCUUUUUGUUUUCGUUGUAUUUGUGUUUAUUUACUGUUGGUUUACUUUAGCGAUUGCCACGGGUGUGAUAAUUUACCGUAGAUUUAUUUUUAUAAUUUCUCCGAAAAUGUUCAGCGGAUAAAACGUUUACGUCUGUGAAAAACUCCCUGGAAGCGAUAAAUUCGGUUAUCUUUUGUUUGCUUUGUCCGCGCUGGAAUCGGCGAUUUUAUUUGGCAAGUCUGGCUGCGUAGCGCACAAGUGCCCAUCACGUUUUUGAUAGUUUACCGAUCCGCAACACGGCAACAGAGCAAACAUGCGAGUGCUUGUGUCGUAAAAUUUUGUCCGCUGUUUUCAUACGAUAAACAACGAUAACGCUGACGCAUUGCGGCGGCGCAACCUUCGUGCCGAAAUUACGACAAAACGUUUAACCGGUUGCCGGUGUGCGUGAUAAAGCGGAUUAGUUUAAUUACUGUUUUUCUGUUACGCUUGCCGAAAAUACCGGCAGAAUAAAAACGGAGCGCUUGGAAAACUGUCUCGUAUUGGCUGUUUUUAUUUACGUUGUGGACAUUCUGUAAAGAAUGGAAGAAGAUAGUGAAAGGCACUCGAACAGCUAUCUCCGGCGCCGGCACUCCGGCAAUGGCGAUCGUCUCCGGUUGGAUACUGCCGAAUCCUCCCCGCCCCGCUCCCGCUUAGUCCGGGAGAAUUUCAAGUAUUUUCCCGUGCAGAUCCCCUCCUCCCAGGUGCUGAUGGAGCGCAUUGUGGAGCGCGUGCGCGGUGUGGAGAAACUGAAGGAAAUCACGACGAAGAGCAUCAGCGUUCCGCUUCUUCUCAAUUCCGCCGGCCUACCAAUCGAUCAGGUUCCCGAAGACUAUCACGAACCGUUCAUAUUGAAUGGAUACCGCUGUCACAAUAUCGGCGCGUACCAGUCGCUGCGCAGUGGCUUCCUGGAGCGGAAUAACGAGGCCAUUAACGUGUGGACGCAUUUCCUGCCCAGCGUGUACUUUCUAUGGCGGUUCUGCAACCACCUGGGCAGUGUGGAAUACGGCGACGCCUACUUUACGCCGUGGUUCCUCUACUCGCUGACGCUGGUCAUGUAUCCCAUGCUCUCCUCCCUGGCGCACGCCCUCAACAACAUGUCCGUCCGGGCGCGGCACAUUUGCUUUUUUGUCGACUACCUCGGAUGCAGUUGGUAUACUGUUGGAGCGGCCAUUUUAUACCACGCCUACUCCUUCCCCAGUGAAGCGCUGGGCAGCGUCUUCGACCGCUACUUCAUCUGGAUCGCCGGCCUGAACGCGGUGCUCAGCACCGGCACGGCGUCCGCAUCCCGCUUUCUUCCGCCGGGCAAAGUGCGGAAGACCGUGCGGGUGUUGGCGUUCGGGCUGCCGUAUCUGUACGACAGUCUGCCGCUGUUCUACCGCUUCUACACCGGCACGGAGCAUCCCUCCGAGUUGGCCGCGCUGGACCUGUUCUUCCGCAAAUUCAUCAUGACGUCGCUGGCGCUCUUCUUCUACGGCUUCCAUGUGCCCGAGCGCAUUCUGCCGGGACGGUUCGAUAUCAUCGGGCACAGCCAUCAGCUGUUCCACAUCAGCAGCGCCGUGGCGAGUUCCUAUCAAAUGGAGGGCAGCUGGCUGGAUCUGCAGGCCCGCCGCGGCCUCCUGCAACUGCCCAACCACGCCCAGCACGUAGCCUGCGCUUCGCUCGUCGCCUGGAGCGUGCUGGCCAUCAACACCGGGAUUGUCCUGUUCUUCGCCUGGCGCAUCAUGACGGCGCCGGCGCCCCCCGCUGUGAUCGUCCGCAAAACGGUGCCAAGCCCUGUUGAGACCAAAUCUUUGCAAAACUGACCAUAAGGUUAAUAUUUGUGAUUUUUGUACUAAGUGUUGUUGAUUUGAUUUUGUGCUUCUAUAGAAUUUUAGUCAAUUGGUGGUGGGAGAUUUCGAUGUUCUUAUUAAAUGGAAAAUAGAUGCUUUGUGUUUUCUAGCGCCUGUAAUAAAUCAAAGAAGGCCAAAAUUAAAAGCGAU